AGGUCAGGGAUUUUUAUUUCUCUUCGGCGUAGUCAAGAGAUGGCGUUUGUGAAGAGUGGAUGGUUGCUACGGCAGAGUACUAUUUUGAAGCGCUGGGAAAAGAACUAGUUUGACCUGUGGUCAGAUGGCCAUCUGAUCUAUUAUGAUGACCAGACUUGACAGACUGUCGUGGAUGAAAUCCACAUGCCAGUGGACUGCACCAACAUCCGAAUGGGGCAUGAGUGUUGGGAUAUUCAGCCUCCAGAUGGGAAUUCAAAAGACUGUAUGCUACAGAUUGUUUGCCGAGAUGGGAAAACUGUCAAUCUUUGUGCAGAAAGCACAGAUGAUUGUUUGGCUUGGAAAUUUACACUCCAGGAUUCCAGGACAAAUACAGCUUAUGUUGGCUCAGAAGUCAUAUAUGAUGAAAUGUCUGUGACUUCAUCUCCACCUCCUUACACAGCCUAUGCUGCACCAUCCCCUGAGCAGACAUAUGGGUUUGGACCUUAUAAUGGUGCAUACCCACCAGGAACUCACAUUGUCUACACUGCUACCAGGCAGGCUUAUGCUGUACCCUUCCUGUAUCCAUAUGCAGGACUUCGUGGUCUGCAAUUGGCCAACCAAGUCAUCAUCAGUGGGUGCUACAGAGCCAAUGACAGUGACGUAGCCCUGGGCAUGCUGGCUGGAGCAGCCACGGGCAUGGCCUCAGGGUCUCUGUUCUGGGUGCUCUAG